UAAUGCUCACUGCGUCCCCACGGCUUACACAGUCAAGGAAUGGCCUCGUUCCAGAGGAGGAACUCGGACCGGUUACGACGGGGGCGCAGCGGCAAAGCGAGCAAUGUUUACCUUCUGUUCUGACCUCUCGUUAUCUGUCACUCACUGAGGUCUUUUGCCUCCUGGCUGCUAUCUCGUCUCGCUGAGGAUACCGCAAUAGGCUGAUUUUACGAUGGUUGUGUCUGACCUGGCUCGCAAUGGAUCCGUCUGCGUUCGAAUGGAUAGGAACCCUGGAUCUCCACCGCCGCCUGUGAUUGUCAAAGUCCACCUGAAGAAACAUCUGAGGGAGAAUCCGGCUCUUUUGUCCGUUAUCGAGGAAGUGGAGCGACGGCGGAUUGAUCUCUGUCGUACACCUACUACCAAUUGCAGGUCAUCAAGGAACUUCCCGAACUCCGUCAAAAAGGCAUUUGCACAUUCCAACAGGAUCAGCACGCCCUGCAUCCAGCACUAUGCCACCAAGCCCUCCAUAACCCCCGACUCUGAGAGAGGAAACUCUUCCUCCAAGGCCGCCGGCGAUUUUUCCAGGCGGAGGUGUUCCUUCAGGAGGAGUUUCAGGGGCCUCCUCCGUACGGCAGCUCGGGCUGUCGGGAAGGUCGUGCCGCUCUGCAAGGACAAGAUUUCGUCUACCUCUACGGACUCUCUCGUGUACAACAGAUGACAUUUUGGUUUUGAUAAGAUCUAUUAAAAAGGGGUAUAUAUUGUAUUGCAAUCUUUUAUUUCCAAGUGCGACAAACAGUCAGUCCAGCGCAGGAAGUGUGGAUGUCUGGUAUAUGAUAUAGUGUAUCUUAU